AUGGUCACGAGAUAUGGAAUGCAGCAUAGGGGACAUCGUGUCAGAGGGGUGCAGAAUGAUGUUGCAAUAAAACAUAAAAUCAAGAUACAAGCUUUACUUUACCCUCACUUACAGGUAAUUGAUUCUUAUUUGCCAUCUCACCAAGAAAAUGAGCAUGGUAUAGUUCUGACAAGAGACAUAGCCAUAAAACUUGUGAGUUUAUAUCUUACUAAGGAUGAAACAUUUCCCCAAGCAAUGAAAAGAAACCAGCAUAUGCCUCUGGAAUCAAGACAUCUGUUCAAGUUUGUUAACUGGAGUACUCUCUUACCCAAGAAGUAUAGAAAGGACCAUGUUUAUACUGAGCCAAUUCUUGGAAGAACUAGUUACUUAUUGCCAGCACUUAUGGAUAUCAGAGCAUCACCUUUGUUGGCCAAUGAUUCACAGUUACAGAAUUUGCCAUCAACUUACAUUCUUACCUGUGAAUAUGAUACCUUGAGAGAUGAUGGACUUAUGUAUGUUUCAAGACUUCAGAAUGUUGGAGUUCAAGUUUUUCAUGAACAUGUUGAGGAUGGAUUCCAUGGGGCUUUAUCAUACAUGAGAUCACCACUGUAUUUACAUCUAGGUCUCAGGAUAAGAGAUAUGUAUAUUAGUUGGCUGGAUAAGAAUUUAUAA